CCGUCAUUUUUAUUAUUUCUUCAUUAUUUCCAUCUAUUUCGCUGAAAGAAAUCGAAAUUUGAACUUACGAAACCGAACAAAUAAAAAGAAUCGAAUCCAUUUUCUUCAAAAAAAAAUACUACAGGAAAAGUGAAAUUCAUAAAUAAAUCUAGGGUUUCUCCUCCCCUGAUUUUCUAGAUCUUUUAAAGCUUUGAUCUCUUUGUUUUUGUUACCGUAAUCAAAGGAAAAUGGAGGCGAUCGAAGAACUGUCGGAGCUUUCGGAAGCGAUGAGGCAAGCGGCUGCUGUACUAGCCGAUGAAGACGUCGACGAGACAUCCUCGUCGACCUCUAAACGCUCAUCCACUUUCCUAAACGUCGUAGCUUUGGGAAGUGUUGGGGCUGGUAAAUCUGCUGUCUUGAACAGUCUAAUUGGACAUCCUCUUCUGCCAACUGGUGAAAACGGUGCCACUAGAGCUCCCAUCACUGUUGAUUUGGCUAGGGAUAGUUCUUUAAGCACUAAAUCAAUCAUCUUGCAAAUUGACAAUAAAUCUCAACAGGUUUCUGCAAGUGCACUUCGGCAUUCUCUGCAGGAUAGGUUAAGCAGAGGUUCAUCAGGCAGGAGUCACGAUGAAAUAUAUCUGAAGCUUCGUACCAGUACAGCCCCACCACUAAAGUUGAUUGAUUUACCUGGACUGGAGCAAAGAAUUAUGGAUGAAUCAUUGCUCCGUGAGUAUGUUGAACAUAAUGAUGCUAUUUUGCUCGUUAUUGUUCCUGCUGCUCAGGCACCAGAAAUUUCAUCAUCUAGAGCCCUCAGGAUAGCAAAGGAAUUUGACUCAGAAGGUACCAGAACUGUUGGCAUUAUUAGUAAAAUUGAUCAGGCUGCUUCAGACUCAAAAGCCCUUGCAGCAGUUCAGGCUCUUUUGUCAAAUCAGGGGCCACCUAAAACUUCUGAUAUCCCAUGGGUUGCUCUAAUUGGUCAAUCAGUUUCCAUUGCUUCAACUCAAUCUGGAAGUGCUUCAUCUGACAAUUCUUUAGAAAUGGCUUGGAAAGCUGAGAGUGAAAGUCUAAAAUCUAUUUUGACUGGAGCCCCUCAAAACAAGCUAGGGAGAGUUGCUUUGGUAGAUGUACUUGCUGGCCAGAUACGUAACCGUAUGAAACUCAGGCUUCCAAAUCUACUUUCUGGGCUUCAAGGGAAGUCUCAAAUAAUCCAGGAUGAAUUAAGGAGGCUUGGUGAACAAAUGAUUAGUACUGCCGAAGGUACGAGAGCUGUCGCAUUGGAGCUCUGUCGGGAAUUUGAGGACAAAUUUCUGCUACACAUAACGGGUGGUGAAGGAAAUGGUUGGAAAAUUGUUUCUAGUUUCGAGGGCAGUUUUCCCAACAGGAUUAAGCAGCUCCCUUUGGACAGACAUUUUGAUAUAAACAAUGUCAAAAGGGUUGUCCUAGAAGCAGAUGGUUAUCAACCCUAUCUGAUAUCUCCAGAGAAGGGUUUAAGAUCUCUGAUAAAAGGUGUCUUGGAGCUAGCAAAAGAGCCAUCUUGUUUGUGCGUUGAUGAGGUUCAUCGUGUGUUGCUGGAUAUCAUUAGUGCUGCUGCAAAUGCUACACCUGGUCUAGGGAGAUAUGCUCCUUUCAAGAGAGAGGUUGUGGCAAUUGCAAGUGCUGCACUUGAUGGUUUUAAAAGUGAAUCAAAAAAGAUGGUAGUUGCACUAGUGGACAUGGAGCGUGCAUUUGUUCCCCCUCAGCAUUUCAUUCGCCUGGUGCAGAGGCGAAUGGAGAGACAACGACGAGAAGAUGAGGUGAAAAACCGGUCUUCCAAGAAGGCACCUGAUGCUGAGCAGGCAAUUGGUCUUCAAACCGGUGGACAACAAUCUGAAGGAAACUUAAAAUCGUUGAAGGAUAAAUUAAGCAAGAAAGAAAAAGAUGUACCGGAGGGAUCAGCCUUAAAGACUGCUGGACCUGGUGGUGAGAUAACAGCAGGUUUUUUACUGAAGAAAAGUGGAAAAACAAAUGGAUGGAGUAGGCGAUGGUUUGUUUUGAAUGAGAAAACUGGCAAGCUUGGUUACACAAAAAAACAAGAGGAAAGACAUUUUCGUGGUGUCAUUACAUUGGAGGAAUGCAACAUUGAGGAAGUUGCUGAUGAUGAAGGUGGCUCAUCCAAAAGUUCCAAGGAUAAGAAGACAACUGGACCAGAAAAAGAACCCAGUCUUGUAUUCAAGAUUACUAGCAGGAUUCCAUAUAAGACAGUUCUGAAAGCUCAUAGUGCUGUUGUGUUGAAGGCUGAGAGCAUUGCAGAUAAGACUGAGUGGUUAGAGAAGUUAAAAACUGUUGUUGAAUCUAAAGGAGGUCAAGUUAAGGUUGAGUCCAGUCCUCCAAUGAGGCAAAGUCUAUCUGAUGGUUCACUUGAUACAAUGGCAAGAAAACCUGCUGAUCCUGAAGAAGAACUUCGGUGGAUGUCCCAAGAAGUGCGUGGAUACGUGGAAGCUGUUCUUAACAGCCUUGCUGCCAAUGUUCCAAAGGCCGUCGUUCUUUGCCAAGUAGAGAAAGCAAAAGAAGACAUGCUUAUUCAGUUAUAUAGCUCUGUGAGUUCCAUAAGCGACCGUAGGAUUGAAGAACUGCUCAUGGAGGACCAAAAUGCAAAACGCAAGAGGGAGAGAUACCAAAAACAAUCUUCUCUUCUUUCGAAACUUACAAAGCAACUUAGCAUCCAUGACAAUCGAGCUGCUGCCGCCUCCAGCUGGUCUAAUGACAGUGCAGCAGAAAGCAGUCUACGGGCAAGCGGAGCCUCACCAGGUGAUGACUGGAGGAAUGCAUUUGAUGCUGCUGCAAAUGGACCUACAGGUUCAGGUAGAUACGGGUCGAAUGGUCAUAGCCGUCGGUAUAGCGACCCAGAACAGGAUGGGGAUGAGGGUUUAGGUUCAAGAUCCAGCAGCCGUAGGACACCGACUAGGUUGCCACCUGCACCACCACAGUCUGGUCCGUCUUACAGAUACUAGAUAAGAACUUUUAUAUCACUUCCAUUCUUUGCCGGGCAUUUUGAUCUUUGUUCUCGAUCUUAGAUUAUAUUGAGUGGCAUUUGUAGAGUUGAGUUAAAAUUGUUGGAAAAAAGAUUGGGUUGAAAAAAGAAAAGAAAAGAAAAAAGAAGCUC